AAUAAUUUCAUUAAAUAUGUGGUGAUUUGAAAAUAAAUGAUAUUCGUUAGAAUGUUAGUUAACUUUAUCGCCAUCAUAAAUAUCUAUGUCAUAACGACAAGUGGACUGCAAUGUUAUAAAUGCAGUGCUGACAACGAUGAAAACUGUCUUUACCAACAAAAAAUAGAAAACUGUUCAAAAUACGAAAACAGUUGUAUAACAGAGUCUUAUAGCUACAAAGUAGAAGAUAUUGAUUCAACUUUAUUUGAAAGUGUUUUUCAAAAAAAAUGUCACAAUUCUAUAACCGAAAGUUGUUCUCAAAUACGUAGAAGCUAUAAAUGGUUAGGUUUUGAAAAAUCUCAGGUAGCGUGCUGUUACACAAAUUUGUGCAAUAAAGAAGUUAAAAAAGAAGUAUUUUUAAAAGUGUACAAAAACAAGGCGAUACAGUUGUUUUCAGUACCACCAAUAUUUCAUUUACUUAUGUAUUAUUAUCGUUAUACAUUAAGCAUUUUCAAUUAAUAAAUAUUUUAGUUAAAA